ACACCAUUUAUUAUUUUUAAUGCAUGCGAUCUGCGCUAUGACACAGCUCAGACAGGUCAUGCAACCGUUGCUUAGAUCAACUCUCGUCUUUUUUUAAUGUUUUGACCACUCGUCAUACGAGCUGGGAAAUGCUAACGUAUAACUUGGUUUCGUCACGACUGCUAGCUAGUAGCAGCGUCAUCGCGACACCGGAUAACAUUAGGUUAGGAACUAACGUCAGUUUAAGUAGGUAGAUAAUCAGGGAACGUUAAAUUUGCCCGUUCUCUUGCUAGGUAUAGAUAAGUGCAGAUCUUGUAUUCAGGGUUAUCCCUUAGUUCCCCCUGCAGUCAUGCUUUACGUGACACCGUUAAGCCUCCGUCGGUUGGUUUCGUGACUUGAAGGAAGCCUGCUGCUCAUGCAGUGUGACAUGGGUACCCCGAAUGCGUUUUGUGAGGUCCCGUGCAGGGGCAGACAGGGGCGGAUUUCUCAGCCUUAGCUAGAUGAAUGCAACUAAUUAAAUUAAUUAACACUGCAGUUGAACACAGUAAACUCAGCUUUGUGAUGUGUGAUGAUGUCCUAGUCAGACUAAGUCAGUCAAGCUGUGCCACUGUGUCAGGCAUAACAAACAAUUACGGAUCAUUCUAAAACUCCAACACAAUGAUCUGGAGGCAGCAAACAAAAGUUUGUGCUUAAGUGGUGUGUGUAUGUGUGUGUGUGUGUGUGUAUAUAAGGACACCGUGACACAGCUUAAGGACCUGGCGGAGCUGAAGGAUCAGUUGGAGAAUAUCCAGAGACGUGUGGAGAACGAGGUGCAAGCAGGAAUACCCCAAGGUGGCUCUGUCUUGGCUUCCCCUUUCCUGAAGGGUGCCGUAGCUGGCUAUCUGGUGGCAAAGUUACGCUCGACAGCCAUUUUGGGUGUGUGUCUGGGCAUCUGCACAGGUGCGUUUGUGGCGCAGAACUACCCCAUCCCUGACAUCGAGCAGACCCUGCGGGACUACGCCAACUCCCUGAAGAAAGGCCCCAGCAACUGAGCUGUGGCACCACACUGCUGCCCUCUGCUGGCGAGAGAGGGAAGGGCAGUCAGAUAGACUGCCUCAAUGCUGGACACACAGACUCGUCCAGCAUACCAGGUGCCUUGCCCUCAGAUCCAACCUGGACCGCGCUGGACUGGCAGAGUUUACAUUAUUCCUGUGCUCAAUCUAAAUUAGGAUGUUAAUCAUGCGUGUUCCCUGAGACGACUAGAGCCGUGAGUGUGACUGUGAGUGAGUGUGUGUGUGUGAGUGAGGAUGGAGGCCGGCUCUGCUGCUUUAACUGUUAAUGUUGCUAUUGCACUAUGGACUGCCACUCGGCGGUGUUGAGAGGUGACCCCUAGGGGAAGCUGUUUUGAGGUUGUUGUCAUAGUAAAUACCCCCUGACCUCUGA